UAACGACUGGUCCGUUUGAGCGCCUGGUGGCUCCACAGGAGACCGCGGAGAAGGCUGGACCGACUUUUGACGGUGGGAACAUCCCGCCAGCCAGAGGCCGGGGCGGCCGGUGGGCGGAGGCAGAGAGUCCGCAGCUGCCGCACCGCACAGCCGCUCUGACAGCAGCAGGAGGAAGCAGCCGCCCGCACCUACCCAUGGCUACGGAGCUGUCUGAAGAUCUCGACGGGUUGGAAACGGAGGGGGCAGAAGGGCAGACAAACAUCUGCAGUGGCGUAGUGGGCAACAACAUGGCAUCCAUAGCAGAAUACUACGCUGGCAAGUGUGUGCUGAUCACGGGAGCUACAGGCUUCAUGGGAAAAGUGUUGGUGGAGAAGCUGCUGAGGUCCUGUCCUGAGGUCAAAACCCUCUACAUCCUGGUCAGACCCAAAGCUGGGCAGUCCAUGCAGCAGAGGGUCAGCGACAUGAUGAAGUGUAAGCUGUUUGAUAGAGUGCGGGAGGACAACCCUGACUUUCACCAGAAGAUCGUCCCCAUCAGCAGCGAGCUGAUGCAGCCGGGCCUCGCCAUCAGCCCAGAGGAUGUGGAGAAGCUCAUCUCCUGCAUCAACAUCGUCUUCCACUGCGCUGCCACCAUCCGCUUCGAUGAGCCGCUCAAACACGCCCUGCAGCUGAACGUGAUUGCCACACAGCAGCUCCUCAGCCUGGCCCAACAGAUGCACCACCUCGAGGCCUUCAUCCACAUCUCCACUGCCUAUGCAAACUGUAACCGCAAGCACAUCGAUGAGGUCAUCUACCCACCUCCCGUCGAGCCCAAGAAACUCAUCGAGUCCCUUGAGUGGAUGGAUGAUGGCAUCGUGCGUGACAUCACACCGCGACUCAUCGGUGACAGGCCCAACACGUACACCUACACCAAAGCCCUGGCAGAGUAUGUGGUGCAACAAGAACAAGGGAAGCUCAACGUUGGUAUCAUCAGGCCGUCUAUAGUGGGAGCCAGCUGGCAGGAGCCUUUCCCAGGUUGGAUUGACAACUUCAACGGGCCCAGCGGCGUCUUCAUCGCUGCUGGCAAAGGCAUCUUACGGACCAUGAGAGCCAACAAUGACGCAGUGGCUGACCUGAUCCCUGUGGACGUGGUCAGCAACCUCACCCUGGUUGCUGGGUGGUACACCGCUGUGCACAGACCUAAAACUGCCCUCGUCUACAAUUGCACGACUGGUGGCAUCAACCCAUUCCACUGGGGAGAGAUUGAGCAUCAUGUCAUGUCAUCCUUCAAAAGGAACCCUCUGGAGCAGGCUUUCCGUAGGCCCAACGCCAACAUCACCUCCAACUACCUGAUCAACCAGUACUGGAUUCUGGUCAGCCAUAAGUUCCCUGCCCUCAUCUAUGACCUCUUCCUGCGCCUUUCUGGACAGAAGCCACAGAUGAUGCGUAUCUUUAACCGUCUGCACAAGGCAAUCAGUCUACUGGAGUAUUUCAGCAGUCAGGACUGGGAGUGGGACUCUGAGAACGUGAACAUGUUGAUGAGCCAACUAACUCCCGAGGACAGGAAGACGUUUAACUUUGACGUGCGCCAGCUAAACUGGCCGGAAUACAUUGAGAAUUACUGCAUCGGCACCAAGAAGUACGUCCUGAAUGAAGACAUGUCUGACAUUCCUGCAGCUAGGCAGCAUCUGAGAAAACUGAGGAACAUCCGCUACACCUUCAACACACUGUUGGUUGUUUUCAUCUGGAGGGUGUUUAUCGCCCGCUCCCAGAUGGCCAGGAACAUCUGGUACUUUGUGGUCAGCCUCUGUUUCAAGUUCCUCUCUUACUUCCGCGCAUCCAGCACCUUAACCAACUGAGUCUUCCUCACCACCUGAACACAGACCGCUGCCCCGUCAGUCCUCCGCUGUCAGCGCGACGUGAAUAUCUGACACUCUGAUCAUCCACAAAGGGCACUUCAGAUCCUCCUUUAGUGUGGAUGGGCGGGACUUCCUACAGGUGGGGGCUGCCGCUGCAUGAAGCACUUGGAAGGGAAAGAAAGACGUUUACUAGCCAUGAAUAUUAUAGUUUGGAAAUCUGUCAUCAGUACCUGCACUGUUCAGUUACCAAACCCGUCCAGAAAGUGUUGACGCUCACUUUGUACUCAGUUUCUUCUCAAAGUGGCCAAUUAUAUAUGCAACAAUAAGCCUUUUGUGUACCUUCCAUUUAUCUUCAUUUUGGUUUCUGUCCUUUUGACUCUAGGUACAUUGCCUUGCCUUGUGAUUUUUUGUUUUUCCUUUCUUUUUUCAUACUUGAAAUAAUAUGGCAAUACUUCAGUGGCAGAUCAUUUCUAUAAGAUUUUUUUUUUGUUUGUUUUUGUUUUGUUUGUUCCCUGUUUGCGUAUUCCAGGGUUUAGAGUCUUCAGUUUAAUACACAAGUUAGCUGGAUAUCUGUAAGUAUUUCAUGAAUCUACUGCCUUUUUACAAUUACACGCAAAACAAACUGGUGUCUGUGUCUCUCAAAGGCCGAGCUACAGGUAGAAAGAAAACUUAUUAAACCUCAAUUCCGACUA